AUGGCAGAUAUUGCUUUUAUGCAAAAUGGCUUUAAGGGUUGGAACAAUGCUUUGGAGAGGUUCGAAACUCAUAUUGGAGAGGUUAAUAGCAUCCACAACAAGUGUUUCAACAUGAUGAUUGACUUGAUAAAUCAAUCACAAUCUAUAUGUACAUCUUUUGACAAACAUUCUAAGAAAGAAAAAAAUGAAUCUCAUCAUCGCUUGAGUGCUUCAAUUGAUGAGGCAAGGUUUCUUUUGAGAUUAAGAUUGUCAUUUCAUGGUCAUGAUGAGAGUGUAUCAUCUACAAAUAGAGAUAUUGUUGAUGCUUGUACAAAAGAAACAAUCAAGGUUAUCAUGGAAGACUUAGAUGGUGAUUAUUUCAGGAUAAUAGUUGCUGAAUCAAAAGAUAUAUCACAUAAGGAGCAAAUGGAACUUGUUCUGCGAUAUAUUGACAAAAAAGGUGAAGUGAUAGAGCGAUUUAUUGGUGUUGUCAAUUUGCAACUGACACUCGUGUCUCUUGUGAAGAAGAAUUUAGAUGUGGAUGAUUUUUUUUGUUUAGUAACUAAUGUGUUGAAUAAUGUUGGAGCAUCUUAUAAGCGCAGGAAUUUGCUUACACAACAUCAAGCUGCAAAGUUAGAGGAAUUGAUCAUUUCUGGUAGUGAAGUGCCCACAGGAUGGGCUUUUGGAAUCUUUACGCAAAGGAAUGAUGGUUUACGUUCUACCUCGAAAUACGGGGUGUUACAGAUUCCAAAAAUAGAUGCUCGCUACAUUCCUGAAGUAUUGGUUGAAUCAGAAUUGCAUCAGAUUUGGCCUCUUGUUUAUUUGCUCAUCAAGUUGACUCUCAUUCUUCCCGUUGCUACUGCUUCUGUGGAACGAUCUUUCUCUUCUACGAACUAUAUCAAAAAUGAACUCCGCAACAACAUGGGUGAUGAAUUUUUAAAUGGUUGUUUAGUUUGCUAUGUAGAGCGUAAGAUAUUUGCAACUGUAAAUAAUAAUGCUAUUAUUCAUCAUUUUCAAAAUAUAAAAAGUCAUCGAGCACAGUUGUGA